CUGAUCGCAGUGGUGUGUGUGUGUGUGUGUGUGUAUGUGUGUUGGGCUCGGCGAUACACUGACAGCUGAAUGACACAAUGUAACGGCGACGCGCGGAAAUGAAAUAACCUAUUGAUGCACGCGCACACCCACAAACAUCAUACAGCGCAGUUAUUGCAGAGUUUUUGUUGUUUUGACGAAUGGGCGUGCAAUCCUGAUACAAAUAACUCUUAUCGGUGAUUUUAACGCAUUGCAUUUAAAUGGCUCUCCGCGAGCGUUUAAAUCCGCUCGGCACACUGGAAUGAUCUUAUAGCGGAUCGCGAAGCCUGUGUUUGAUCUCAUCAUCCGCGCCCGUUACGCCCCAUCUUCUGUCGGGUGGGCUCCGUCGAUCGGUGGGCGGAUAUUUAUCAGCGCUAAUAUCUCCAGACAUCAGGAACCAUGGGGAACACCACGUCGUGUUGCGUGUCGUCCAGCCCGAAGCUCCGGAGGAACGCGCAUUCGAGGCUGGAACCGUACCGGCCCGAAGCGGAGCUGAGCAGAGAGGACACGGGCUGCAACCUACAGCACAUCAGCGACAGAGAGAACAUAGACGAACUCAACAUGGAGUACAACCCUUCGGACCACCCGCGUGCCAGCACCAUCUUUCUCAGCAAGUCCCAAACAGACGUUCUUUUACCCAACAAGAAAGUUCGGGAAAAAAGGAAAAGUCUGUACGUCAACCAUUUAACACACAUUGCGGAGUCGAAGCAACAUCCAUCUGGUCCAAUGAGACGCAAGUACAGCUCCUGUUCAACCAUCUUUCUGGACGACAGCACUGUCAGCCAACCCAACCUCAAAUACACCAUCAAAUGUGUUUCCCUCGCAAUAUAUUACCACAUAAAGAACAGAAAUGUGGACGGACGAAUGCUGUUAGACAUUUUUGAUGAAAAACUUCAUCCACUUUCAAAAUCUGAGGUGCCGUCCGACUAUGACAAACACGACCCAGAACAGAAACAUAUUUACAGAUUUGUCCGUACGCUCUUCAGUGCCGCCCAGCUCACAGCUGAGUGUGCCAUAGUUACUCUGGUGUAUCUGGAGAGAUUAUUAACAUACGCUGAGAUUGACAUCUGUCCUGCUAACUGGAAGAGGAUUGUUUUGGGUGCCAUCCUGUUGGCAUCUAAAGUGUGGGAUGAUCAGGCUGUAUGGAAUGUUGACUACUGUCAGAUUCUCAAAGACAUCACAGUGGAAGACAUGAACGAGCUGGAGCGUCAGUUUCUGGAGCUGCUGCAGUUUAAUAUUAAUGUUCCAUCCAGUGUCUACGCCAAGUACUACUUUGACCUGCGUUCGCUCUCUGAGGCGAACAAUCUCAACUUUCCUUUGGAGCCUCUUAGCAGAGACAAGGCUCAAAAACUGGAGGCGAUUUACAGGUAUUGUGAUGACAAAUAUAAAGACUUGAGAAAAUCAGCAAAGAAGCGCUCGGUGAGUGCUGAUAACCUGACAGUGGUCAGAUGGUCCCCAGCUAUCAUAUCCUAAUAAUGGUAGACUUUUGGAACUCUCAGUAUAGACGGAGAGAAAGAGACUGUCGAAAGAAGCGUUCUCUAAGAGGACACAUAUGUGCUUAGUACCUCAGCAAGACACUUAAGCCAGAGGCUUUUCUUCUGAAGAGUGUCCUUGCUGGUUGUACGGCUGCUGUAUAUACAAAAACACCCACACAAAGAUCACUUUCAAACCUGUGGCUUAGAAGACAAGGGGAGAGGAUGACGCUUCUGUUGAAGAUCCAGAGGACAUAAAUAUGAAAACGACCCCACUGUCAGGAACAACAUUUCAACAGCUCUGUGUCAUAUGCGUUUUCACGUAUUUCAUCAUCUCCGCAAAAGCUUGAAAUGUUUUCAUCUGGAGCUUAAGGUUGUGUCAUAACAGCCAUGAAACGAAAUGGCCAAAAUCAACUUCUCAAGAUGUUCACUCGAUAUGAUUCCUUAAAGUAUUUGUCUCCAAAUUGUGUGAGAUAAAAACUUCAACAUUA